AUGACGGCGCCUCUUUGGUCCCUGAGCCCUGUGGACAGGAACCUCUGCGUGUCGGAGCGCCUUACCAUGGCCCUGUGGGUGGGUGCUCACGCCGGGCCCCAGCAGCACCCUGAGGGGUACACGGGGCUGCUGGGCAGUGAGCAGGGCCCACCAGGUGGCUCUGUGAUGUGCUGCCUCUGGAAGCAGGCUGGCCCCGUGCCCGCCUCCAUGCUGACGGGAGCGAGUGAGACCGAGGUGCUCCUUAGGCCAGUGGCAAGGAAACGCCUGCCCAGCGUCCCACUGCGGGCCCAGCCGGGAUUUGGGGGCAAUGGCGUGGGAGGGACGUGCUGGACGCUGGCUGGGAAGUGCCCAGGCUGCCAGCGCUCAGCCCAGGGAAAAGCUUCUAGGGAGGGAGACAGGCACCCCGCCCUCGAUAGACAAAGAACACAGAAUGCAGUAGCCAUCCUAAAGAGGAAAACCAGGGAUGGAGAGAGAGUAACGGUGGUGGAGCCGGGCAGCCUUCGAUUGGGUUACCUCUUAUUCCUUCUUCCUUCAGGUGAUUUUGUCCUACCCUCAGGACCUUGGCCAUGGCCGGCUGAAGUUGUACAAGACUGAGACACCUGGUUUUCUAUGAAAGGGUCACAGCUAGAUGCUACACUGGAUGCUGUGCUAGGUAGUCAUGCCAUGACCACCCUAUGGGCCAGUGUAGGACGGCCAAGGCCAGACCCACAUAUCCUGCAGGGAUCUUUGAAGUGGCUGUUGACAGAUGCCCUAUCAAGGCCCUUGACAAUGGGCCUAGGACUUAGGGCCUUGGGGAUAAUAGAUGUUAGGAAGACUGGGGGAAGCACAGUACAUGUGAUUGGUGCUUCCCAUGUGGAGACAUUUCUUGCUCGCCCUGGGGACUAUGAUGAGCUUGGCUACAUGUUUCCUGGACACCUCGGACUCCGUGUGAUCAUGGUGGGUGUAGAUGAGGCUACUGGCUUUUCACAGAGCACCUCAACUUCACCCCUGGAACCUGGCACAAUUCAGCUUAGUGGCCACAGGGCCCUCUAUCAUGACUUCUGGGAGGAGCAGGUAGAGACUGGGCAGAUAGCCUGUCCAGAUUUGGCAGUGGCAUUCCAUCCAGGUUUCCAUUCCUCCCCAGACUUGAUGGAAGCUUGGCUGCCCACCCUGCUGCUACUUCGUGACUACAAGACCCCUACAUUGAUUACUAUUUACAGCCAUCAGGAAUUGGCAUCCUCUUUGCAGAUGCUGGUGGAAUUGGAUACACACAUCGCUGCCUAUGGGGCUAAUCCUUUCAUGUCCCUCAAACCUGAACAGGUCUAUUCCAACCCCAACAAGCAGCCAGUAUACUGCAGUGCCUACUAUAUCAUGUUUCUUGGAAGGUCCUGCCAGCUGGAUAAGAGGCAAUUGGAAGAGAAAGUAGAUGGUGGGGUUUAA